UCUGCUCUCUCCCUCUCUCUCAAGAGGAUCGUUGCUCCUCCCUCUAGUCUCUCCCAGACCCAGACUCUCAUCAGGGCCAGGGCGGCAGGCCCGUGCCGUGCAGGUGGCAGCGGCAGCGCGGCCAAAUCCCGGCGGUGGUGCGGACUGCGGAGCGGGGAGCGGGCGGCGGUGCGGCGCCGAGGCGGGGGCCGCCGCCCCCCAUCGGCAUAAGGGGCAGGGGAUAGGACACAGCCUAUUUCCGUCUCUCUCUCUCUCUCUCUCUCUCUCUCGGUAUCGGCCUUCCUUUCCUAGCGGCGGCGACUGGGCGAGUGGCGCGGCCCCUGGCCCGUUCUUCGUUCUUCGUGGGGCGCUUCGCCGGCGACGAGCAUCCGACAGGGGCAAUGGCAUCACAGGCUGGAGGUGGCAGAGGCGGUGAUGCUGGCUCGGCGCAACACGGGCAGGUUCAGGGUUUGGCAAGACAGGGGUCCUUAUACAACCUUACCCUGGAUGAGGUGCAGAACCAUUUGGGAGAGCCAUUGCUUAGCAUGAAUUUUGAUGAGCUCCUGAAGAGCGUGCUUCCUGACGGUGUAGACCCAAAUGGCACUGUCACUGGCAAGCCUGAUACAGCAUCGAGUCUGCAGCGACAAGGGAGCAUUAUGAUGCCUCCGCAGCUGAGCAAGAAGACUGUUGAUGAGGUGUGGAAGGGUAUCCAGGAUGGACCUGGGACCAGUGCUACGGAUGGUGGACGGCACAGGCGGGAAAGGCAGCCAACGCUUGGGGAAAUGACCCUUGAGGAAUUUUUGGUUAAAGCUGGGGUUGUUUCGGAAGGACUUAUGAAGGAUUCGGAUGAUUUGCCGAGUAAUAUGAAUACAUUUGGGAGCAAUGUUGUGGCGGGUGGCGGUUCUGGUUUGAACUCUGGAGCACAGUGGUUGCAGCAGUACCAGCAGCAAGCUUUGGAGUCCCGGCAGCCGAGUUUGGUGGGUUCAUACAUGGCUAGUCAGUUGUCUCCCCAGCCAUUAUCUGUUGCUACAGGUGCUAUGUUGGAUUCAAUUUACUCGGAUGGCCAGAUUACUUCGCCAACAGUUGGUGCAUUUUCGGACCCUCAAACACCUGGGCGCAAGCGUGGUGCCUUAGGGGAGGUGGUAGAUAAGGUGAUUGAAAGAAGGCAGAAGAGGAUGAUAAAAAAUAGGGAAUCAGCUGCACGAUCAAGAGCGAGAAAGCAGGCUUACACUAAUGAGCUUGAAAACAAGGUUUCCCAUCUAGAAGAGGAGAAUGAGAGACUAAAGAAGCAGAAGGAGUUCGAUGAGAUAUUGAGCUCUGCUCUGCCUCCAGAACCCAAGUAUCAGCUCAGGCGAACAAGCUCGGCUGCCUUUUGAUUUUGGAUGGUGACAAUGCUCACAAUGACCUUUGUACAUUAGACAAAGGUUCAACUUAUAUAGUUUUGCCUCUUUGUGGGUUAGAAACAAUUGAUAGAUUGAGGUUAUAGCUUUUCCCAGCCCGGUGGUCCAGUGUAUGUAGAUUGGUAGCAACAUGUAGCAUGCCCUGGGGCUGUUCGUUACCGAGGCGUUUGCCAGAAUGUAAAUGUUCUAGACACAUGUUUUAAGUUCUGAGAGCUUUCUCAAACUGGAAAAGUAUUCUAGUACCUGAUGAA